AAUUUUUUUACUAAUUUCAUAGUAUCGUGAAGGUUACGGAGCGCCGUGGAGCACCGCCGUGGAGUUCCGUGGAGUUCAAUCGCGCUAGUGAAUUUCAACUGAAUCGCGCCACGAGCACCUGAGAAAAAAUGACGAAAUAAUCUGUUCAUGGCCAUCUUGACAAAAUUUAACAAUAUAAAAGGACAGAAAACCUAACUUCUGAAGAGCUGUUAAGAUGCUUCGGAAUCAUACCUAUUCAACAACAUAUUACACAACUCUCACCUAAAACACUAUCAAACAUACAACAUGUCUAAGAUCCUUGCUGUCUUUGGCGCUACCGGCCACCAAGGUAGCUCGGUCAUCAAUUAUGUGCUGAACGACCCGGAGCUCUCUAAAGAGUUCAAACUCCGCGCCAUCACCCGCGAUGUCAACUCACCCAAAGUUAAGGAAUUGAAGGAGAAGGUCGAAGUUGUCCGGGGCGACGUCCUCGACCGCGCCUCCCUCGAGACGGCUCUAACCGGAGUACACACCGUCUUCUCAAUGACAGUACCGCCCCCAACCUCCGAUUCCUACGAAGCCGAAUACAACAUGGGCAAGGACAUCGCCGACAUCUCGGUCGAAAAGGGAGCCAAGUAUAUCAUCUUCAGCACACUCCCUCCCGCCAAGAAGCUCUCCGGCGGAAAGUACACCAAGAUCACGCCCUUCGACGCCAAGGCUGCCGUCGAGGAGUACAUCCGCGGCCUGCCCAUCCAAAGCUCCUUCCUAUCCGCCGGCACGUUCAUGGAGAAUUUCUUGGAGCAGACUUACAUGGGCCCGAAGCAGGACGCCGACGGCACUUGGGUGUUCGCCCGCCAAAUCUCGCCUAAGGCGCAGCUCCCUCUCAUCGACGCUGUCGGCGAUACCGGCAAGUUCGUCGGCGCGAUGCUCGCCGAGCCCGAGAAGUAUGAGGGCCGCACAGUUUCCGCCGCCACUCGCUUCUACUCGAUGGAGGAGAUCUACGCCGCUAUAGGGAAGUCUACGGGAAAGAAGGUCGCGUAUAAACAGGUAUCCGUCGAGGAGUUUAAGAAGGAAUUGGUUGGCGUGCCGACUAUGAUGGCGGAUUUCUUUAUCGAUGCGUUCAGAUGUCAGGAGGAGUUCGGGUACUUUGGCCCCAAUGGCGAGGCCGAGGUUAAGUGGGCGGCAGAGAAUGCGAGGGGGAAGUUGGCUACUUUUGAGGAUUUCCUUGAGAGACACCCUAUAACGCUUGGUUAGGGGAUUUGUGGAUAGGUUGGUUAUGGGGAUGGGUGUAAAUUAGGAGUAGUUCAAAGAGUUUAAGAGUCAUAUUUCACUUCGAAUUAGUAUCUUCAAGCAUGGGUUUUUUAUAUUGGCAUCAUUUAUAUUCAUCUCUCAUUACUUUAAUCUUUGCUCACUUACCUGAAAUACUACUUCUUUCACCAAUCCUUCCAUAUUGUCCUUUUACG